CUAAUUAGUAUCAAUUUACGGCUUGGCAAUCUGUAUCUAAGUGAACUUGCUAUUCUGUCAAUCUAGUGUGAGUGAUCGCUAUGCCUUGGUUCAAGAAACGCAAGUCAAUGCAAGUCAAGAAGCGAAACCGUCUCUCUAAGAAGGACAUCUCCCAACCCAUUGACUUUAAGCAUUGCUAUCAUGCUGAGUUUGAUACCUCCAUCCAAGGCUUUGCAGGUCUGCCACCUCAAUGGUCUUCACUUAUAUGUUCCACAAACGAAAAGAACCAACUAGAUCUAGACUCUACUCCGUGUGAUUCUCUGGACUCUACCCUGAUUGCUCCAAAAACCCCUGAGAGGUCUCAAUCUGUUUCAUCCACACCAACACAGUCCCAUAAAAAGCAACCCUCUGUUGAGCUGGAGAUCUGUGCCUCACCUUCACAGCAGCAGCUAACAGUAGCCCAAGAUGACAGGAGCAGCAUCCAGGAAUCGACCAAAAGUGACUCAAAAAUCACACCAUGCAAUAGUGCAGGUUCCAGCAAACUUAGCCUUGCGAGCAGUUGCAGCUUGGGGCUCACGAAACGACCUUCCCCAAUUGUCCGUGGCCCAGAGUACGGCUUGGAAGAGACCAUGAAAUACGUUCGCAAACACUGUCGUUCGUCAUCACAUGGAAACCCCAUUGAGAGAGAACUAAUCCGUGAGGCACUUUUUCUGAACAGGCAUUCAGGACAUGAGCAGAUUGCAGAAGAGGACUUCAUCCCUUUUGGUACUCGAGCACGAGCAGGCUCAUAUCAUCAAAUUCGCACUUCCCCCAUAAACCGACGUCAGAUUGUCUCUUACACGCCAGGAGGUCCCAUCAGCUACUCCACGGACCGACUCCCUGCAACAUUCAUGGCUGCUCCUAAUGAAGUUGCCAAAUCCGAUCUUGGUCUCUAUGACUGCGAGAACAACACUUACGAUUCACACACCACCAUUUUGUCACGAAUCAAUUCUCCUAGUGAAAGCUCAGGAUAUUUUGGAAGCACCCGCUCAAGCCUAAACAGUUCAAGGAUGUCAUCAUUUCAGCAGCUGUCCUCAACCUGCUCUCCGAAUGGCACGACAAUAUCACAAUAUCCUGUGUUCCCCCCUAACCGAUCUCUACACCCUUAUCAACGGGAACAUCCUGACAUGGCAUGGGCCCACCCUCAGGUGCAUCAGCCUGGAUCACAACAGCAUCGAUUCAGCUCUCUGCAGCGACCCAACAAGCACAAUCGCGACCCAUUGGCCAUUAAAAUUCAUGGUACAAGUGGUAAUCUCCCUAUGACUGCAAAUAGUCAGCCCCAUUCACAUCAAAACUACCCCAACGUUGGGCACUACGGGACCACCCCUCGACCUCACAAAGGUUGGAGGGCUGGAAGCGCGAAUGUAACGUCAUUUGGUCAUACAACAAGAGGAGGAUCUGAAACUGGUAGUACCUAUCGAGUGCACGAUCGAGCAGAUCGCGACCGUUACCAUCACGAGCCACUAAGCUCAAAGUCGAGUGCACAGAGCACAGUAACUGCAUCAUCUAGCAGCUCCAGCACAAACACUCUACCUGCACAGAAGAGAGAGCGUAGACACUCAAGAAUGACAAAUGAACAAUUCCGUACCACUAUGGAACUACUUGUGAACCCAAACGACCCGCGGGGCGAUCUAGUGGAUUUCCACAAGAUAGGAGAAGGCUCUACUGGAAUAGUGUACAGGGCCAGACAGCGGUCAACUGGGAAGGUGGUUGCUGUCAAGAAGAUGAACAUUUGGAAACAGCAGAGGAGGGAACUGCUUUUCAACGAGGUGAUGAUGAUGAAGGCACAUCCCCAUGACAAUGUUGUACGUUACCACGACUCCCACCUGGUUGGAGACGAACUGUGGGUUAUCAUGGAGCUAAUGGACGGGGGCGCUCUUACUAGCAUCGUCCAGAAAUCCAGCCUUACCGAGGAACAAACUGCCGCUAUUUUGAAGCAAACCCUUCGAGCACUAGACCACCUUCACUCAAAAGGGGUCAUUCAUCGUGAUGUAAAGAGUGACAGCAUCCUUUUAGACAGGAAUGGACGCAUCAAAUUGUCAGACUUUGGAUUCUGUGCUCGUCUCACACUGGAGCAGCCUCGUAGGAGAUCAUUAGUGGGCACACCUUACUGGAUGGCCCCUGAGAUAAUUUCCAGGCAACAGUAUAGCACAGAGGUUGACAUCUGGUCGCUGGGUAUAAUGACUAUUGAGAUGAUUGAUGGGGAGCCACCCUACUUUAACAGUCGACCAAUGGAGGCCAUGGGUUACAUACGAGAUCUCAACCCACCCCAGCUGAGACAUCCGGAGAAGGCCUCUCCCCUUCUCCUCGACUUCCUCGGUCGACUUCUGGUCAAGAACCCAGAGCAGAGAUCAACGGCAAGAGAGCUACUGAAACACCCGUUCUUGAAACACUCCGCCCCUUCAGAGGAGGUGGCUCAGCUUUGCAAUCGACCUCGUUCACAUUCUAGCUCGUCCAGAACUAAGAGAAGAGCAUCGUGAUGCUUUAACACUUUUUAAUUUGUUUUUGUGUGGUGUUUGUGAUUGAUGCACUCUGUGUUUGUGAAGAGCACUCUUUUCUUGAAUGAAACAUGUUCUCGUUA